AUGGCUGACCAACACGAGGUCGACCUCGAUUCUAUAAUCGACCGCCUACUCGAGGUGCGAGGCAGCCGUCCCGGCAAGCAGGUUCAGUUGCUCGAGGCCGAAAUCCGGUACUUGUGCACCAAAGCCCGCGAGAUAUUCAUUUCCCAACCCAUCCUGCUCGAGCUUGAGGCUCCCAUCAAGAUUUGCGGCGACAUCCACGGCCAAUACUACGAUUUGCUGCGGCUCUUUGAGUACGGCGGCUUCCCCCCCGAGGCCAACUAUCUCUUCCUCGGCGAUUACGUCGACAGAGGCAAGCAGUCUCUCGAGACCAUCUGCCUCUUGCUCGCCUACAAGAUCAAGUACCCCGAGAAUUUUUUCAUCCUUCGGGGAAACCACGAGUGCGCGUCCAUCAACCGCAUCUACGGCUUCUACGACGAGUGCAAGCGUCGGUACAACAUCAAGCUGUGGAAGACCUUCACCGACUGCUUCAACUGUCUACCUAUUGCGGCCAUCAUUGACGAGAAGAUCUUCACCAUGCAUGGCGGUCUGAGCCCCGACCUCAACUCGAUGGAGCAGAUCCGACGCGUUAUGCGACCGACUGACAUUCCCGACUGCGGCUUGCUCUGCGAUCUGCUGUGGUCAGAUCCCGACAAGGACAUCACCGGCUGGAGCGAGAAUGAUCGAGGCGUGUCCUUCACCUUUGGACCGGACGUCGUGUCUCGGUUCCUGCAAAAGCACGACAUGGACCUCAUUUGCCGAGCCCACCAGGUCGUCGAGGACGGCUACGAGUUUUUUUCCAAGCGCCAGCUGGUCACCUUGUUCAGCGCCCCCAACUACUGUGGCGAGUUUGAUAAUGCGGGAGCCAUGAUGAGCGUGGACGAGAGCUUGCUCUGCUCGUUCCAGAUCCUCAAGCCUGCUGAGAAGAAACAAAAGUUCGGACGGCGCUAG